CAAGGGGUCUCCUCCAUCCCAUCCCACCAUGGUGGACAUCGAGGAUGGAGGACCAGGGACCAGGUGGUCUUCUCCAUUCCAUCCCACCAUGGUGGACAUCGGGGACGGGGGACCUGGGGGGGAUCUGGUCUUCUCCAUCCCACAUUGGCCGUGGGGAGGAUGGGGGACCCAGGGGGUCUCCAUCAGCCCCGGUUGGGAUCAGGAUUGGGGGACCAGGUGGUCUUCUCCAUCCCAUACUACUGUGGUGGACAUCGGGGAUGGGGGACCAAGGGGUCUCCUCCAUCCCAUGCCACCCUGGUGGAUAUCAGGGAUGGGGGACCAGGAGGUCUCCUCCAUCCCAUCCCACCAUGGUGGACAUCGGGGAUGGGGGACCGGGCCGGGGCUGGGGGGGGUGUCCCCUCCAUCUCCCAUUGGCCCUGGGGCACUGGUCCUACACCCCCUCCAGUAUCGCCCACCAAGCACCAGGACCUGCCAUCCCACGCUGGCCUCCGCUGUCCCCCCAUGCCCCGAUGUCACCCAUGGGGACACACCACAAACCAGGACCCCAAAACUCCUCCUCGUGCUGGGUUCUGGGACCUCCCCCCCCCGCCCCCCAUGCACAGGGGGUUGCACCCACCAUCCUGCUGAACCCCAAAACUUCACCGAGCUCCUGGCGAUGCUUUUGGGGACGACGACGAUGACGCUGCGGGAUGGUGACGGGGUGCUCUCGGCUUUCCAGGGUCCCCGUGUCACCGGUGGAGGUGUGGGAACGGGCGAUGGAUCCCUGGGGGGCCGCGGAGGCGGAGCAGACGGUGCUUUUUGGGGGUGACGAGGAGGAGGACGCCGCCUACGACCCCCCGGUGAUGCAGGGGACACCGAGCGACCCCGAGACGGACCCCCCGCCGACGGGCGACCCCGAGAUCAUCCAGCUGGAUCCGGCCACCUUGUUGGCUCAACCCGAAGAAGGUUCGAUGGGUCAACGCAGCCCGGCGCGGGAGACCUUACGUUGGACCGUGGUGCAACAAAUCGACUCCCCCGGCGCCACGGGAGGUCGGCGCGGGGGGAAAACGGGUUCGGGAGCCAACGCCUUCUCCAACUUCAAGAGCAUCAUCGUCUUGCAGAAGAGUUACGAGUGCGGGGAAUGCGGCAAGAGCUUCAGCUGCAGCUCCCACUUCAGCAAACACCGCCGGACCCACACCGGGGAGAAACCCUUCCUCUGCCUCCAUUGCGGGAAGAGCUUCAACGUCAGCUCCAACCUCUACCGGCAUCAACGGGCUCACGCCGCCGAAAAAACGGGGCCUCCGACACCGCCGGCCCGGCCCCGGGGUUUGCCGUAUAAAUGCGAGGAAUGCGGGAAGAGUUUUCGUCGGAACAAGGAGCUGGUGACCCACCAACGUUUGCACACUGGGCGCUUGCCCUUCCAGUGCCAUCACUGCGGGAAGAGUUUCAGUUGGAGUUCCCAUUUUGACCGCCAUCAACGCGUCCACACCGGGGAGAAACCCUACCAGUGCCCCGAAUGCGGGAAGCGGUUUAGCCGCAGCUCCCACCUCUACCGCCACCAACGCACCCACGCCGGCGGUCGCUCUUACAUCUGCACCUACUGCGGGCGGAGUUUUGGGAGCACCCUCCAUUUUGACCGUCACCAACGCACCCAUACCGGUCAACGACCCUACAAGUGUACCCUGUGCCGGAAAAGUUUCGGCGACGGGCCGGCUUUGGUCAAACAUCAACGCCUUCAUCUAGGCGACGGUCCUUUCCGGUGCGAAGAGUGCGGUAAAGCCUUCGGCGCCCGCGCCCAGUACGCCCAGCAUCGGCGUAGCCUCCACGGGGGAGGCGAGAAACCCUAUCGUUGCGGCGAUUGCGGGAAGAGUUUUUCCUGGAGCUCCCAUUGGGAACGCCACCAACGCAUCCACACCGGCGAACGACCCUACCAAUGCGGGGACUGCGGCAAACGUUUCGGCCGGACCUCCCACCUCUACCGGCAUCAACGUACCCACGCCGGGGGGCAACCCCACGUCUGCGCCGAUUGCGGGAAGAGCUUCAACAGCACCCUACACUUCCAUAAGCACCAACGGGCUCACGCCGGGCCCCGACACGCCUGUCCCGAUUGCGGCAAGGCCUUCGCCGACGGUUCGGCGUUGGCCAAGCACCGGCGGGUGCACGCCGGUGAGAAGCCCUUCCCUUGCCCGCAGUGCGGCCGGCGCUUCAGCCGCGGUUCCAACCUCGCCCAACACCGCCGCAUCCACACCGGCGAACGGCCUCACCGCUGCGGCGACUGCGGCAAAGGCUUCAUCCAACGUUCCGACUUGGAACGCCACCGGCGCGUCCACACCGGCGAACGGCCUUACCCUUGCGGCGACUGCGGCAAACGCUUCAGCGUCAGUUCCCACCUCGACCGGCAUCGCCGCACCCACGUUUCGGCGGCUCCUCACCGCUGCCCGGAAUGCGGGAAGAGUUUCGCCCAACGUUCCGCUUUGGCCAAACACCGGAAAACCCACAGCGGGGAACGGCCUCACCGGUGCGGCGAUUGCGGCAAGAGCUUCAGCCGCGGUUCCAACCUCACCCAACAUCGCCGCAUCCACACCGGCGAACGGCCCUUCGCUUGCGGCGAUUGCGGCAAAGGUUUCAUCCAACGUUCCGACCUGGAACGGCACCAACGGGUCCACACCGGCGAACGGCCCUACACCUGCGCCGAAUGCGGCAAGAGUUUCAGCGUCAGCUCCCACCUUGACCGGCACCAAAAGAUCCACGCGGCCGAACGGAAACCCUACAAGUGCGGGGAGUGCGGGAAAGGGUUCGGGCAACGCUCGGCGUUGGUGAAACACCGGCGGAUCCACACGGGGGAGAAACCUUACGCCUGCGGGGAUUGCGGGAAGGGUUUCAUCCAGAAGUCGGACCUCACCAUCCAUCGCCGGAUGCACACGGGGGAGAAGCCGUACCGCUGCGGGGAGUGCGGGAAGUGCUUCAGCGUCUCCUCCAACCUCAUCACCCACCAACGCACCCACCUGGGGGAAAAACCCUACCAGUGCCCCGAGUGCGGCAAGAGCUUCAUCCAACGCUCCGAGCUCACCAUCCACCAACGCGUCCACACCGGCGAGAAACCCUACAAGUGUCCCGAGUGCGGCAAGUGCUUCAGCCGCAGCUCCCACCUCAACCGCCACCAACGCACCCACGCCGGCGACAAGCCCAAAGCCGCCGCCGCCGCCGCCGCCGUCACCCCCUCCGGCGGCUUCUCCGGCGCCGCCUUCUCCCCGCCGUUGGGCGGCUCGGCGGCCCCCAUCCCCUCGCUGCCCUCCUUCCCUGCCUCCCCCUCGCCCCUGCCCAUCCCGUCCCUCUCCAGCCCCGCCCUGGACCUGCCCUGGGCCCUCUCCUUCCCCGCCCGCGCCUUCCCCCACCCCUCCUUCCCCUCGGCCCCCGCCUCGGGGGCCCAGACCCCCUCCCUCAUCAACUGAGGGGUGGCCGGCCCUGGCGGCGGCUCCAGCCUCCUCCCGACCUCCCCAGCCGCUCGCCCGACACCCGACUUGGGUUGACCUCAAAGCCCCAUCAUUGGGGGGCUCGUUCCUGCCCGGAGCCGUUCAGCCUCGGUGGCUAAUUAAUGAUCACACUAAUUAGAGGAUGGGAAAGUCCUCCUCGUUCUGGGGCUCCAGCCUCCUCCCGAUCUCCCCAGCCGCUUGCCCGACACCCAACUUGGGUUGGCCUCAAAGACCCAUCGUUGGGGGGCUUGUUCCCGCCUGGAGCCAUUGAUCCUCCAUGGCUGAUUAGUGGGCUAAUUAGUGAUCUAAUUAGGGGGACCUAUCUAAUCUAUGGGAUUAGGGACCCUGGCUGCGGCCACCAGCUCCAUCCUCCUCCCAGCCUCCCCAGCCACUCGCCCAACACCCAACUUGGGUUGACCUGAAAGACCCAUCGUUGGUGGGGGUCUUGUUCCCACCUGGAGCAAUUCAGCCUUGGUGGCUAAUUAAUGGUCUCGCUAAUUAGAGGAUGGGAAAGUCCUCCUCGUUCUGGGGCUCCAGCCUUGUCCCGAUCUCCCCAGCCGCUCGCCCGACACCCAACUUGGGUUGGCCUCAAAGACCCAUCGUUGGGGGGCUUGUUCCCCCCUGGAGCCAUUGAUCCUCCAUGGCUGAUUAGUGGGCUAAUUAGUGAUCUAAUUAGGGGGACCUAUCUAAUCUAUGGGAUUAGGGACCCUGGCUGCGGCCACCAGCUCCAUCCUCCUCCCAGCCUCCCCAGCCACUCGCCCAACACCCAACUUGGGUUGACCUGAAAGACCCAUCGUUGGUGGGGGUCUUGUUCCCACCUGGAGCAAUUCAGCCUUGGUGGCUAAUUAAUGAUCACACUAAUUAGAGGAUGGGAAAGUCCUCCUCGUUCUGGGGCUCCAGCCUUGUCCCGAUCUCCCCAGCCGCUCGCCCGACACCCAACUUGGGUUGGCCUCAAAGCCCCAUCGUUGUGGGGCUUGUUCCCCCCUGGAGCCAUUGAUCCUCCAUGGCUGAUUAGUGGGCUAAUCAGUGAUCUAAUUAGGGGGACCUAUCUAAUCUAUGGGAUUAGGGACCCUGGCUGCGCCCACCAGCUCCAUCCUCCUCCCAGCCUCCCCAGCCACUUGCCCAACACCCAACUGGAGUUGACCUCAAAGACCCAUCGUUGGGGGAUGGCUUGUUCCUGCCCGGAGCCAUUAAGCCUUGGUGACUAAUUAAUGGUCUCGCUAAUUAGGGGAUGGGGAAUUCCCCCUCAGGCCAUGGCUCCAUCCUUCUCCCAACCUCCCCAGCCCUUCACCCAACACCCAACUUGGGUUGACCUCAAGACCCAUCACUGCGGGGGGCUUGUUCCUGCCCAGCCUUGGCAGCUAAUUAAGGAUCUAAUUAGGGGAUGGGGGACAGCCCCCUCCCCCCCCCCCGUCGGCCUUUUACAUUUUUUAACUCUUUUAACCAAACCACCCCCUUUUUACAGCAGGAAGAUGCGUCCCUUCCAGAGGGGGACGAUGGCACCCGUUGCCACCCCACGGAUUUUGGGGCGGAGGGAAGCGAAUAAAAUCGAUUCCCCACCUAAUUAGGGCGAUUUUUAACGACGAUUCCCCACCCCUUCCCUCCUCCCUCCGCGCUUCGAAGCGCCGAGCGCGAGCGAAAAUCCACCAAAUUUAUCCUAGGAGGGAACUGAUAAAAAACUGAAGCAGAAAAGGGUUGGGUUCCCCCCCCCCCUCCCCCAUUUUCUGCUAAUUUCACUCUUUUGGGGGCAAAUUAUUUCAGGGGGUGGGGAGGGGGCAAGUCCCAUAUGGGUGAUAUUUCUCUUUUUUGAUUUUUUUGGCG